UAUGUACAAAGAAUUAAACGUGUAGUUAUAAGAUGUCACAUGUGUGACAUGUACAUGCUACUGCUAGUCUUAGUUUUGUUUCAAGUUUGUUUGGGGUUUACUGGACGCGGACUCUUUUAUCCCGAUAGAGCAGACCUGUUUGAGUUAUCAAUAAUUCAUUUAAAUGACUUUCAUGCCAGAUUCGAACAGACGAACCCAUAUUCUGGAGCCUGCCGAGAGAAUCACAAAAAGGAUUGCAUAGGAGGUAUAGCUAGAGUCUACACUGCAGUUAAUCAGCUCAUGAAAGAACGACCGAAUGCGAUUUUCCUGAAUGCCGGCGAUUACUUUCAAGGAACUCUUUGGUAUAAUAUCCAUCGUUGGAACGUCACUGCAGUGUUUAUGAAUAUGUUGCCACACGAUGCUAUGACGAUCGGUAACCAUGAAUUCGACAAUAAAAUCGAAUGUGUGGUUCCUUUUCUUAAAAAUGUCAAAGCACCAGUUGUAGUAACAAAUAUCGAUGACAACGAGGAGCCAACUAUACAGGGUUUAUAUAAGAAUAGCACAAUUAUUGUAAGAAACGGUAUCAAAAUUGGUGUCAUUGGCGUCAUUUUAUCGACUACAAAUUUUCUAUCGAAUACGGAGAAAUUGAAAUUUCUAAAUGAAGUAGAGACAGUCAAUGAUGAAGCCAAGCGACUGAAAGAAAAAGGAGUAAAUAUUAUUAUAGUUUUAAGCCACUGUGGAUUGGAUGUGGACAGGAUCAUGGCUGCGAAGUGUCCUUUGGUCGAUGUAAUCGUCGGUGGUCAUUCGCAUACGUUUCUUUAUAGUGGAUCUCCGCCUUUUAUCGAUACACCACAAGAUGAAUAUCCCGUGAUCGUAACGCAGAAUGAAACAGAUAGAACGGUCCUUAUCGUUCAAGCAGCUGCUUAUACAAAAUAUUUAGGUAAUCUGACAGUAUGGUUCGAUGACCAAGGUGAAGUUGUUGAUUGGGACGGAAAUCCUAUUCUCCUGGAUCAAUCCAUUGAAGAAGAUCCGAAAAUUUUGAAAGCUUUAAAGCCAUGGAAGAAGGUAGUGGAUGAAAUGGCUUUAAAAAAAGUCGGCACAACGAGAAUUUUACUUCUACACAAUUGUUACAACCAAGAAUGUAACAUGGGAAAUCUUAUAACCGACGCUAUGGUGAAUGCGGUUGUCGACGAUGCCGAAAAUAAAACUCAUUGGACGUACGCAGCAGUGGCCUGCAUGAAUCCAGGAGGAAUUCGUAGUUCUCUCGAGGAGUCUGAUAUUACCUACGGUGAUCUGAUGAUGGUUUUGCCUUUUGAAAACACUUGGGAUACUAUUGAACUGACUGGAGAAUCUAUUAGAAAAGGAGGAGAAAAUCUUCACUAG